CUCAUGUCACUGCCGAGUAUUCACCUCAAAGUUUAGACAAGCCAAAUUCUCCACAAGUUACAUAUCGUAUCAACACUCAAGUUAAAGUUGAUUAUAAACCUCAAAAAGACAUGAAAGGAGAAACAUUGAAAACAACCGAAAAAACACAAACCACACCCGAAGAAUCUAAAAACAAAGUCGAAAAAACGCAAGUUAACAAGCGAAAACGAAAUUUUAAAGCAAAAAUUAAAUGGAGCGAGGAUGAGCUUUAUGAUCUUACUGAUCUUAUAGCUUAUUUUUAUUAUAGAGCUUUGGUUAAACCCUCUUGUGAUAUGUCAAAAUUUCCACUUUUUAAAGGAUAUAUUGCUGAAAAUGGAGAUAAGAUUUUAGAAAUGAAUCCGAAUGUUGCAGAAAAAAUUAUUUUGAAUGAUAAAGCAGAUUGUGUUUUUAUUCAUUACUACAAAAGUAUUCCAAAUGAACAGGCAAAUUAUGGAACAUUGUUGGACAAAUUAUUUAGCUCAAAGGGGGUUUGUUUUUCAAUUAUUACUUGCUACUGA